GAAUAUUAGUUUAUAAGAUUUGAAUAUUAGUUUAAGAGUUACUCAUCGAUAGUAUUAUAAGAAAUACCAAUGUACUCGAUAUAUCGAUACUUGUCCUCGACAAGUAUCGAUAUGCCAACACAAAUUAAUUGAUAUACGACAAUGAAGACAGAAGACCAUAUAAUAAAACCGUGCUAUUAAAAGUUUACAUAUCAGGUGUGGGGUUUGCCCAAAAAAAAAAAAUAAAUAAAUAAAACUCUGCGAUGAACUAUACAGACAUAAGAGCGAAAACCAAAAGUGAACUUAGCGACAUAUUGCGUAGGCAAAACGUAUAUUUUGAUCAAGAUGCCAACAUACACCAAUUACGUACAGCAGUAAAAAAAAUCAUGGAAGACACGCAUGAGCUAGGAAAUACGGCGCCAAGCGCAGACGAGACUAUGCAGGCAGACAUUUUUGCAGUCCCGGUUGAGCGCGAGAUAGACAGAGACAACCGUAGGGCACAACACGCAGUAAAAGCGGCGCCAGAAGAACAUGGUGAAAAUGUGCAGAAGGCUCGAGAAGCAUUCAUGCCGCGACAAGACAACGCUUGUUCGAAAUUGACCAUGCGAUCAGAUGAAUACGAAGAAGAAUCGCGCCGUUUGCAGCAGUUGGAACAAUUGUACGUUUCUCGCAAGCGCUUAGCUGAUCUCAAAUUAAGCAUAUUGAAAACGGAGAAAGAGGCUAUGGAGUUGGAAACGCCGAGAGAUUGCAUCGACUUGACACACAUUGAGGCGUUGAUGCGUCCAUUUUCUGGAGAUGACGACCAGGCUGUAACCAGUUGGAUAAGUAACUUUGAGGACAUUAUGAAUUUCCAUGGUGUAUCCGAGUCAAAAUGCUGGAUAUUAGCGAAGCGGCUGCUAGGCGGAUCGGCGAAGGCGUACAUCGACCAUGUGGCGCCUUUGACUUGGCAAUUGAUGCGAGCAGAAUUGCUCAACGUCUUUGAGCAGAAAGUGACAGCGUGGGACAUUGGAAAGCGACUGGAGGCACGGAAAAUUGCAAAUAAUGAAAGCGCAUUGCAAUAUUUCGUCGCAAUGUGCAGCAUAGCGUCGCAAGCAGACAUGGCCACGAGCGAUGUGGUCAAAUUCAUCGUAGAGGGACUGCAGGACAAGACGGGCAUGGCAGCAUCCAUGCUAUACUGCAGCACACUCAACGAGUUGCGUGACAAGAUGGUCACCUAUGAUAAGGUCAGAAGAGCUCCUGGCGUCGUAGCAAUUCGUAGCGAAGGUAUGACAAAGGGAAAACUAAAUGUGAGUAUGGCAGUUGGGCAGCAGCAAGGUGGUGGUGCAAUGCGUUGCUACAACUGUCGGCAAUUUGGGCACGUUAUGAAGGAAUGCAGUCAGCCAAAGAGACCGGAUGGGGCAUGUUUUAACUGUUGGAGUACCAGCCACCUAUAUUCGCAGUGCCCGAAACGAAAGAUGGCCACUAGGGUAGCUGCAGUUCAAGAUGAGGAGCGACCAGGAGAAAAAAACAACGACGAUUUAGCGGCUGUCCAGUCAAUCACUUUAUGACUUCCGUUUGGUGAACAAAGAGGCGUCAGUACUUUUAGUCUAUUUGAUACAGGUAGCCCUGUAAGUUUUAUUCAUAAGUCUUUGAUACCGAAGUCGGCUAUAGUUGAAGUCUAUAAUGAAGUUAGGAAAUACUAUGGACUAGGAGGACAACCAAUUCCCAUAUGGGGAAAAUUUAAGUGCCAUAUUGAAUUUUGCACAAAGAAAUAUAUCGUUUUAUUAAACAUCGUAGAUGAUAA